CUUCCACUCAUCAUAAAUAUAAUAAAUAAAUAAAGUUUCUUAAUUUAAUUAAGAAAUACUGCAUGCGAUAACAAGCUAGCUCGCUAGCUAAUUUUCAUUCAUUCAUUCAUUUGAUUUGAUUUUCAUAACAUGUAGCUACAGAUCGAUCCAGGCCUAUAUACUGCUAGCCAGCAGCGCUGGAUACAUUCUCCUCUCCGGCUAAUUCAAUCCAAGGAUACAUAUCCACCCAUCCGCUAGGUAGAGCGAUCGGGCCCGCAGGCCAAUGCCUAUGAGGGCCGCACCGCCACCCGCGCAAUAUGUUUCUCCCCCGCCGGUUACGCUUCUCCUCAUAGCCUUCCUCCUCGUCUUCUUCUUCUUGGGCAUCUUCUUCGUCAUCUUUUGCAAGUACUGCAUACAGAGCUUGUGGCACAACCGCCGCAUCACUCAGGCCGGAGCCCCCCUCGGCCCGGACGGUAACCCCGCCGCCGACAUGCCCCCCGGGAUCGACCCCAAGAUCAUCGACUCAUUCCCCACUUUCACCUACUCGAGCGUCAAGGACUACCGCAAAGAGAAGUAUGGGCUUGAAUGCGCCAUCUGCCUUGUUGAGUUUGAGGAUGAGAGUCUUCUGCGCCUGCUGACCUCCUGCAGCCACGUGUUUCACCAGGAGUGCAUUGAUCUUUGGAUGGAAUCUCACAAGACUUGCCCAGUCUGCCGCCAGGCCCUCGACUCUCUGCCGCCCCCGCCUUCUACCUCUCCUUAUUCCUCGGUGCCGGGAGGAGGCAGCAGUGUCGAUGAUGAUGAAAACUUUCAAGAAGAAUUUGAUCGUGAUGAUGACGAUGAGCAAGUGCGUGACGACACGCAUCAUCAUAGCAUCACAAUAGUACAUGAUGAUGAGGUCGUCAUCGAUAAUACCAAUGACGACCUCACAAAUAAUAGAGGGGAAGGAGGAGCAAGUGUUGACCAUAUAAGUAAUCAUAAUAAUCAUCAGCAACGAAAUACUUCCCUACACAAAUAUGUUGUAACCACAUUAAAUACUAAAAACAACAAUAAUCAUUAUCAUUGUAACAACAACAACAACAACGAUAGUAACAAUAAUAGUAAUAGGAGUAGUGUAAUUAGGGAGGAGGAAGAGAAGUUCCCAAGGUCCCAUUCCACAGGGCAUUCGAUUGUUAAGAUUAGGGAAGAUCCGGAGGACAGGUUUACUUUAAGAAUACCUCCGCAUGUCCGGGCCAAAAUUAUUAGGGGGCACACUGUCACCAAGAGUUGCACCACGUUUGGAGAACACAAAAAUAAAACAACCUCAGGAAACAGAUGUAGUAGUGGUCUUAGUCAGGUUUGAUCCCUGCAUGCUUUAUAUACUUAAUUAAUUAGGCUCUUUUUCCAUAUAUACUUCUGAUGAUACUAUUUUCUCUUAUUUCAUUUUUAACUCUUUCUUUCAUUCUUCACCUGAAUUUGUCAAUUUUGUUGCUUGUGAAAGUAUAUAUACUGAAGGUGAU